AAAUUUUUGUUUAUUAUUUGACAAAAUGUGUUUUAUGCCUUAACAAAAUGCUUUCAAAGGUUGAUGGUACUCUGUAUGGUAAAAAGCCCUAACAGUGUAAUCGCCAUUCUCCUAAGAUUCUUCUGAUUUCAGAUUUUGAGGGUUGUUCAUUAGGCCAUCAAUGCGUUUGAAUGCGGAUAGGUGAUCAGAUACCUUUUAAAACUUACUAACCAGCUGAAACCAUGACCAGUAGGAGUAUCAAAAUCUUUUUUAUGUCAUUUUCUAAUCCCUCUACUCUAAUUCCAAAUCCAAGUCUCCGCUGUUUUUGCACUAACACAACAACUGUAAAAAGAAAAUCUCAAGUUCAAUAUCCUCUACAAUUCCAAGAAAAAUCUCCCCAAAGAAAUCUCAUUGCAGUGUCAUCUCUUCUAAAAAAAUAUGGUUUUCCAGCUCUAGAACUUACUAAUUUUCUCGAGAAGAAUCGUCGUUUACUAAAUCUAGACCCCGCCAAAAUUGAAAAUUCUCUUAAGAUUCUAUUAUCCUUGAAACCAUCUCAAGAAUUCCUUGUAUCCAUGAUAAGUAGUUGUCCCAGGGUUCUAGAAUAUGAUGCUAUAAAGAAAUGGGAAGGAGGCAUGCGAGGAUUCGAAGAAGGGUCCAAUUUAUCCUCCUUGGCUAUUCGGAAUAUUCUGGAGGUCUCAAUGAAGUUUGAACUAGAUUAUGAUUGUGUUUUGGGGUCUUUGAAAUGUCUGAAGGAUUUAGGGGUUAGUGAUAUUACUCUAAAUAAGGUUUUGGAGACGCAUCCCAUGGUAAUUACGAUGUCUGCAGACAAGGUUCGUGACUGUUUUGAAUUCGUCGUUGAUGCCUUUGGGAUUGAUAAUGUUGAAUUCGAUCGCAUUCUCCGUGUCUAUCCGGCUGUUUUGGUCUAUGGAUUUCAAAAUAAGUUUAAACGAUUGCUUGAUGAAUUUAGAGCUCUGGGUUUUAACAUGGAGGUGGUUAAGAAACAGCUUCUGAGAGAUCCUAGAAUUCUUGCAUUUGAAUUUGGGGAGUUAUCCCGGUGUUUGGAGCUACUUAAGAGUUUGAAAUGUAGGGAAGCUAUUAAGAAGGAUAUUUUUCAUGAUGGGGCUUUUAAGGCUGGGUAUGAGGUGAAAUUAAGGGUUGAUUGCUUGCGCAAUCACGGGAUAACCUUAAGGGAUGCUUAUUCUGUGUUAUGGAAAGAGCCGAGAGUGAUACUUUAUAGCUUAGAUGAUGUUGAGAAGAAGAUUGAGUUUUUGUUGCACGUGAUGAAAUUUGAUAUUCAGUGUGUUGUUGAAGUUCCUGAGUACCUUGGGGUGAAUUUCGAUAAACAUAUUCUACCAAGAUUCAAGGUAAUUGACCAUUUAAGAUCAAUAGGAGGACUUGGUGAUGAAGUGGGGUUGAGAGAGUUGAUUAAACCUAGUAGAAUGAAAUUUUAUAAUCUAUAUGUAAAGCCUUAUCCAGAGUGUGAAUCAAUGUAUGGAAGAUUUUCAAGAGACACUGAAGCGAGAAGUCAACAUCCAGUGGGGAUGUGGAAGCUUUUCAUACCACAAAAUAACCCAAAGUCCAGAGUAGAUAUUAUGAACAUCAAGUCGUAUAUGGAUUCGCUGGCUUGAAAUAUGGAUUCUUCCUCUAAUUUCUACCCGAACUUGCAUCUACAUUGCAUUCUCUUGGAAGAUCCUAUUUCCGAGGAUUUUGCUGAGAACUAAGUUUCUUCAUCUUGUCAGACUUUCUGAUAUUUGUGGAAGUGAUCUUGGUGAAGCUGCACGUGAGUUAGCUAGCUGCAGGAGGUAGCUGUCUCCCUCCUUUCCAGUAUUGCACCUGAACUUGAAGCUAUGGUCAGAUCCAAUCGGCCUAUUCGACCAAACCCCAGAACUUAGAAUGGCUGGCCUUCACCAGUAAUCGGUCAAGACAGUGCUCUUUUACAGUCUCUCAUGGUGUUGUAAGAGUGUAAAUCACUCUCUAUGCCAUGUCAGCACAUACGGUGUGAUAAAUCCAUUCCCGGCUAGUUCAAAGGGGUAAUUGGACGCGUAGAAAAUGUAAAGAGUAAAACAUAGUGAACAAUUUGUUUAUGUUUUCUUGUAUGCUGUAUGAACUAAGCAGCUCAUGUACAGUAUUCAUGUUUGAUAGUAAUAAAAAGUACAGUUAGACAAAA